UUCUCUACCUAGGUCUUCUUUAUCAGCAGCCCAAAACCUUGCUCAUCUCUUCAGUUUAUGGAACUUGCAAGUGCCUAGGUAUCAUGGGAAGGAACACUGAAAAACAGAUUAGUCUACAGUCAGGAUCUAAGAAAACAAAUCAGGCUACGAUGGAAGGCGAUAUGAGAAAAUCCCUAUUUUCUUCAAUUUCAAAGUCAACAAUCCAGAAUGGCAGACCAAACAGUAUGGUUAUUAAGAAAAAGCAUACAGUAAUUCCCGCUCACAUAGUAGCCGAGGCCAUAUCAACACUCCAUGGUCUUGAUCUGAGAUGGUCAGGUCCUAUCACACCGAACGAAAGGCAAUAUGUUGAGCAGUAUGUUCUUGCGAAGUACCCAGAAUACUCUAAUGCCCUAGUUGAAGGAGGAGAAAAGACUGACCUCUAUGAACUUUGCAUCAAAGAGGAGCCUUCAGAGUCCCCACUCGAUGAUAAGCGAAAGUCACCUCGGGGUGGUUUUAGAGAGUCAUCCUCACCCUCAUUUGGAAGCAAUCUUCCUGAUCUAGACAAAACCCAGCUGGAGCCAUCGAGACUGCUUGAUAUCCUCACAAAAAAAUCCACCUUUCAAGGGAGUUUCAUCUCAAUCCCUGAAAUUCAAGCUCGAAAUAAGGUCUUGAAGCACUGUGGAUUGCCUGAUGAGGAUUACCUUGUUCUCUUCACUCCAAGUUACAAGGAUGCCAUGAUGUUGGUCGGCGAGAGCUAUCCUUUCUUCAGGGGAAACUUCUACAUGACCGUUAUUGAGGAAGAGGUCGAUUACAUAAGGGAAUUUGCAAGUUACAAGGAAUCGAAAGUGAUCUCAGCCCCAGAAACUUGGUUGGAUUUGAGGAUCAAAGGAUCACAACUCAGCCAAUAUUUUAGAAGGAAGUGCAAGCACGGCCACAAGGGACUAUUUUCUUACCCAGCUGAUGUGAAUGGGACCCGUUACUCGAUGCAUUGGGUUUCUGAAGCCCAUCGGAACUCAUGGCAUGUUCUGCUCGACGCGACUGGACUAGUGGUAGGGGAGGAUCGGUUGAACCUCACACUCCACAGGCCUGACUUUGUGUUGUGCAGCAUAGACAAUACACAUGCUCAUCCUUCAAAGAUCACCUGCCUCUUGGUUAGGAGGAGAUCCUUUGAUACAACAACAUCACCUGCACAAGAGUAAGGUGUAUUUGUACCAGAAUUCAGAAACUGUUUAAAUUGGUUCAGUGAUAUCUAUAUACUACUACAUGUUUGCACUAUGAAA